AUCAGGGGGUGGAUCUGCUUCACAGCAAGUGCACUUCACUCCCUUCAGAAACUGAUCGAAAAUCUGCAACCUUUUCAUCGCUCGGCGUGUGGAUCAGAUACAGAAUUAUAACUUUGCUAAACUGCCCAGAAAAAAAAUGCAGAGUAGGGGAUCAAGUACCAGGCUUUCGGGUAUGACUUAUCGGUCUCGAAUCCCGACUCUCUUGCUCUUCAUGUUUGCCACCUUCUCUACCAUCUAUGUCGCUGGCCGGCUAUGGCAGGAUGCGGAAUGCCGGGUAUAUUUGAUAAAAGAACUUGAUAGGAUAACUGGGCUGGAUCUCUCAGUCAAAUUACUUGAAGUUGUUAUUUGGUGUGGAGAUUAAAUCAUUGAUG